UUUUUCACUCAAUGAGCGAUUUUGGUCUUUGAGCCUAACAUAUAUUUACAAAAUGUAACAAGGAUAAAUUCAAAAUAUUAACUGCAAAAGAUUUAACAAUGUUGUCUUUGGAAAUAUUUAACUCCUUUUUCUUCUCCUCCAAUUCCUGAAUAACAACAUUAUUCAUCCUUCUCUGAUUAUCCAUAGCAUUCAGUUCCCUCUCAAAUGAGCUCAAUUUCAUAUAAACUUUAUCAUAUCAAGAGAAUGCCCAUCUCCAUUUACUUCCCUUCCAACCUUCAAAUCAACCUCCCCUAACCUUGCCUCAAAAUCAACCAGGCCUCAUCUACAUUCUUAAUCCACUGUAAGAGGAUCCAAUCUUCUGAUAAACUUGUCAAUUUUACCAUUUAAUGAAGCAUGCAAUCACAAUAAAAGCUGAAUCCCUUCCACCAUAUCAAAAUUUGACCUCUGCAAUAAAUUCAAAAUAUCAUCUUCACCAGAAGGACUCUUGCACUUUAACCUAGUUGAUGAUCUUUCCAGAAUGGUUGGAGGAAAGGACUUCCUCUUCCGAGCCUGCGACAUAAUAAAAAACUACAUUUACCUAGAAAUGAAAAUUAAUCAAUUUAAUCUUUUAUUCACAAAAUCAGAUAGUCUCCCCUGGUUUAUUUAUAAGACAAAUUUAAUAUAAUACUAGGAUAAUUAGUUGCAAUUACACUAUUAAAAUUUUUGCAUAACAGUCAAAAUGACUGAAGCAAUAAAGGCAUUGACCUGCUUAAAGUUUCACAUUUGAAUCUGGAUUGGAACCUCAAAUUUUCAAGAGUGGUUUAUUACAGAUACUGAGACAAUUUAUCUGCAGAGUGGAAAGAUUUAAAAAGAAAGAAACACAUUACAAAAUUCCUAUUUAAAAUGCAAGGUAACUGAUUACAAUGUAUGUUUUUCUUUAGUUUUACAAGCAUGAAACAAGUCAAAUCUCUUAAAUCUUCUUGGAAAGAAAAAAUGCAAGUAAGGGUAGAAAGGAAAAAUUUACUUGCAUAUGAAUCAGAACUAAAAGCUAUAAAACAAAAAGAAAUUGAGGAGGCAAAGAGGAAACGAGAAGAGAAGAGGAAACGUAAAGAAGAAAAUCAAAAGAAAUCUGAAAUUGUUCAAGUGAUUCGAAAAACUGCCAAGUUAAAACGAAUGAGCAAGAAACAAUUGAGGAAUAUCAAGAAAGCAGAUACAAAUUAAUUGUAUAAUUAUUUAAUAAAAGUACAUUAUUUUUUAAAUUUGCUUCAUUAACAUAAUAAUGUAUUAAUGAUUUUGUUUAAAGAAAUCACUUAUACAAGAUAAAAUAUUGGUUUUGAUUUUGUAUUAAUAAUCUUUAUGAAUGUCUUUCUUUUUCCUUGCUAAAAUCAUUACAGUUGUUAUACAGGGUCUCCCAUAAAUUUCCAUACAUUGGAAAAAUAAAUGAAUAAAUGUUUUUAUAUGAAAACCCAUUUUUAUUUAUAUAAUAUGAUCUACAUGACUGCCAUUGUGUUGAAAACACAUUUGAAUAUGUUAUCCACUGCUGAAGAACACAUUAAAGCACAGCUGGAGUUAUGCUUGUAAUGGUGUUGGUGAAACGUUGCUUGAGAUGAAUUAUGUUUUGUAUCUUUUCCUGAUAUACCAUGGCCUUCAAAUGCCUCCAAAGGUAAAAAUCAAGUGGGGUAAAUUCUUAGGAUCUGGGAGGCCACUCCACAGGACCACACUGACCAUAUGUAAGGAAACUUAUGGG